AUGAACGGCAAGAAAGAGGUGGAUUUGAAGCUCAACGGAUUUGGUAUAGUUGGAAGCGGAUGGAGGAAGAAGAAAUGGGAGUUCGCCUAUGGAAUUGUUUUCCGGGACGGCAUCGACCCCAAGGUCCAGGUGGGGAUCCACAACGAUCUGGCCAAUCGUUGGGACCGAACCUCCGUCGUCGACCAGUUCGCCUUCGGACGGUGGGAUGAGGCCCGUCUCCCCCAAGGGGCGACGGGAACCCAGGUGUACGUCAGAGAAGGCUGGCACCAGGAGUCGGAGCCUCAUUUCACCGUGGAGCUGAGGUUUGUGUACGGCACCACGGGCGUGCACCGGCACUGGGCCACCGCCCACGUUUAUUUGGACUUCUCGGAGUCCGUAAUCAGAACGUGUGAUAAGGUGGACGGCCGCCAGCGCUGGUGCUUCGUCAAGCCCCUCUGGGCCGAACACCACAGGGUGUGGGACGUAAGUGUCCUUUGUUACUGA